AUGGAGCAAGUGAAUGUGUAUAAAACAGAUGUUGAUAAGAAAGUGGAAAAAAUCUUGAAAUUUGUUAAGAGGAGGAACAGAGGGAAGAAGGAGACAGAACUUGUUAGACUUGUGGAAGACUUUCACAAACAGUACCAGUUGCUGUACGCUCAGUAUGAUCAUCUUAAACAAGGUCUAGGUAUGGAAGCUGGCGAAGGACUAGAGGCAAGUUGUUCUAAACAUGGCAAACACUCAGAUUCAGAAUAUUAUUCCUCUGAGGAUGUAGAAAUUAACUCGAAUCGAAAUUCCUUCAGAAAGAGGUCAAUGGACAUGGAGGAUGAACUUAGAGGAGCAUACACACAGAUUUUUGACUUGAAGAAUCAAUUGGCCUCUAGGACAAAAGAGAAGGAAGCUCUGGAUUUUGACCAUAAGGCUGCUUUAACUAAAAUUCAAGAAAUAGAAACCAUGAAUGGAUAUUUGAGAAACGAAAUGGAUGAGACAAAAAAGAGACUUUUUGGCUUGAAAACUGAGCUUGAGUCUCAGCACAACCAGAGAAGAGAGUUGGAAGUUCAGAUUAAUGGCAUCACAGCCGAACUGCAACAGGAAAGAGAGAAAAGCAAGGCACUGGUUGAGCAUAUCUCAGAGGAAGUAGUGGCUCAACACUUGAACAAAAUCAAGGAGAAUGAAAACAGUUUAACAUCAAAAAUGGAGGAUUCAUUGGCUCGGGUCAGUAAUCUACAAAAAGAAGUGGACUAUUUACGUGCUCAAAAACGUGAAGCCAAAAGGGGUAUAUCAUGCAAAAUCAACGAGUCAUUUGAUCAGGUAAAUCAAAUGAAGGAGGAGUUAGAAGUUCAGCUGCAUACCAAAUCCAAAGAAAUUUCCCAGUAUCUGGUUCAGGAGAAAACCCUGAAAGAGGAAUUAGCAAGAAAAAGUGCAGCUGAGCAGAUAAUGGUAGAAGAAAAAGAAGGCUUGCAGGUGCAGGUGCAGGUGAUGGGCUUGGAAUCCGAUGUGGAUGCCCUACGCAAAGAGAAGAACAAAUCAGAAGACGAAGUGAAGAGUAAUGUUCGUGAAAUCAGUACCUUGAGAGAUGAGAAACGUAAACUGAAUGCUAGAAUUCUAGAACUGGAAACAUUAUUAAGAAAGAGUGAGCCAGUGUGUUCUGGUUUUCCGGAGGACAAUAAAAGUAAAAUGCUUAACGAAGCUGCUCAGAUGAAAGUGGAGGUUGAUCGUCUGCAACCAAAGUUGGAUUCCAUAAUGAAAAGCCCAUUUGAGUUGCCGAUUACUGAUCUGCAAACAACACAAGAGAAAGACCAGAGCACCAGCAAAUCCAUGCCGCCUAAAACUAAGCUGGUCAGACGGUUGUCGUUGGGAAACAAUUUUAAUUUCCAUGUCCUGGAAAGAAAGAUGGAGGAUUUAGCUAUGGAAUUCCGCAAGAAAAUCGAUGAUAGCAUCCGUCUGUUGUACCAGAGGAUCAAAGUCGUUGAAAGGAUACAGCAUGAGAACACAGAGGUUUACAAGACAACGAAAAGAGGGCUUGAGCAAGAAAUCAAGGCACUCAAACAAGAAGUGGCCACGAUUGAAGAGGAAUACGGAGAGCUCAGAGAAGAGGUGGCCACACUUAAAGCGGGAAACAAAGCAUUAAGACACGAGGUGGCCACAAUUGAAGAUGAUGAAGAAGCACUCAGACAAGAGGUGGCCACACUUAAAGCGGGAAACAAGGCACUCAGACAAGAGGUAGCCGAACUCGAAGCCGGAAACGGAGCUCUCAAACAAGAGGUGGCCACAUUUGAAGCGGAAGACAUAACACUCCGACAAGAGGUGGCCACACUAAAAGCGGGAAACAAAGCACUCAGACAAGAGGUGGCCACAAUUAAAGAGGUAGACGGAGAACUCAGACGAGAGGUGGUCACACUUAAAGCGGGAAACAAAGCACUCAGACAAGAGGUGGACGUACUCGAAGCCGGGAACGAAGCUCUCAAACAAGAGGUGGCCACAUUCGAAGCGCAGCUCAAGAAGUUGAGAGACAUGAUGGAGUCGGGAAAAAACAUCACGAUGGAUAAGUUAGAAGACGAUCGAAAUUUCCUGACCCCCAUUUCGAUUGUCACAGACGAGGAAUGUGAAACCAGAGUAGAACGUAUGAAGAGUAGUGUGGAUGUAUUGGUAGCAGAAAUGCAGAAAGAAGAUGAGGAAGAGUUGUUAAGGGAGAGAGUAAUGAAUUUGGAAUCCAAGUUGAGGGAGGAAGGAGAAGAGAAGUCGAAAGCCAUGAGUGAAGUUAACGAAAAGAUGAGAUACAUGCAAAGGGAAAAUGACAAGUUAAGGGAGGAAGUGAUGAAUUUGGAAGCCAAGUUGAGUAAGGAAGCAGAAGAGAAGUUGAAAUCCAUGAGUGAAGUUGAGAAAAAGAUGAGAGAGUUACGAACGGAAAAUGUAAAGUUAACGGUGGAAGUGAUGAAUUUGGAAACCAAGUUGAGUGAAGAAUGA